UGGUUUAGAAAUCCUAGUUGCCUUUUCCUUUCGUAGUUUGUGCCUCCUCUCAACUCUCUCUCUCUUUUCCUUCGCAUCGGUGGUAGUGGAUGGCAACAAGAACCAACAAAUACGCCUCCAUCAAUUUCAAUCACCUCUUCCACAACAACUCCCAUUCCACCGCCGCCACCACUGCCACCUCCGCCCCUUCUUCUUCUUCAUCAUCUCCAUCAAAUUCUUACAAAUCGCAUCUCGCUGCCACCCGAACACAUGGAGGAAUGCUUGUAUUAAGCCGCCCUACCCCCAAGGCCCAGCCCCAACUACCGCCGCCACAGAAGCAGCAACCGCCGCCACCUCCCAUCCAGGCCCGGCCCGAGCAGGAUUCCUUGGCUCCUCUACCACUGGGCCGGGCUGAGGCCGGUUCACCCUCUCCCUCGUCUCCGUCGAAGCCGGAUCGGUUCGUUCCGCCGCAUCUGCGGCCGGGGUUCGUGGGCAGGGAGGAGAAGCCUGGGCUGGAGUUCCAGAUCCGGCCUAACCGGCAAGGGAAUUUCGGAUCGCCGAACCGGUACGGGGAAGAGCGGAGGCCCAAGUCGGGUGGGCACGAGAGGAUGCGGAGAGGUGGUGAAUCGGAUCAGUGGGAGCUGAGUCGGCCCAGAUCGAGUGGGACUCGGCCGAAUUCGAGUGGAUGAUUUUUCACAUGAAGUUGGGCUUCUUUACAAAGAUGAGGAUGGACUCUAUAGACUCAAACACUCUGAACAGCUGCAAUUUUUCGUUCUGGAAUUGGCUUAGUCUCAAGAAGUUUGAUAGAUCAAUUUGUGGAAGUCGACACCUGAGCAGGUACCUCCUUUUCAGUCUUUAAUAGCCCCAGGUGGCAAUGUUUUCUUGCAGUGUUGUAAACAAAGACGAAAGGUUUCUUUUUCCUUUUCCUUUUUGUACCUUUUCCUUGUUGGACUUGUUUUACUGUUCACAACAGAAGAACCAAAUGGCCAGUGGAAUUUGGAAUAUACUACUAGUGUUAUUGUUUUUGUUUAUUUAUUGCAACUGUCCUGAAGAGGAGUAAUUUAGUUGA